UGGACUAAGCAAGCCGUGCUCUGACAAAGCACUGAAAUGUAUGCCAACCCUUCAGCAGGUACGGAUAUAUUUCUGUAGAAAGAAGUUAAAUGACAGCUAACAGGCAAAGAGGAAUAAGGAAGAAGGCAAGGAAGAAGGGAAAAAGUGAAGGGACAGAAAGAAGAAAGAAUAGAUGACAAAAGAAACAUUAAGAAAAAAAGGCAGAAAAGAAAGAGAGAGGCACAGUAUAGAACUAUGAUAGCAACUGGAGGAGUCAUAACAGGACUGGCUGCCUUAAAAAGGCAAGACUCUGCCAGAUCUCAGCAACAUGUAAAUCUUGCCACUUCACCAGCUGCUGAGGAGAAGAAACCAGUUAGACGCCGGCCCAGAGCAGAUGUAGUAAUUGUCAGAGGCAAAAUCCGACUUUAUUCCCCAUCAGGAUUCUUCCUUGUUUUGGGAGUGCUUAUUGCAUUCUUGGGAAUUGCAAUGGCUAUCCUUGGAUACUGGCCCCAAAAGGAGCAACUUGUAGGAUCUGAAGAUAAUCUAUCAAUAAAUGAAACUCAGGCCCUGAGAAGCCAAGGAAACAUUUUACUUCGUUUCUUUGAACAGCAUGUGCACUCAGAUAAGAUGAAAAUGUUGGGUCCUUUUACUAUGGGCAUUGGAAUCUUCAUUUUUAUUUGUGCAAAUGCCAUUCUACAUGAAAACCGUGACAAGGAAACGAAAAUCAUACACAUGAGAGACAUAUACUCCACUGUAAUAGACAUCCACACCCUGAGAAUCAAGGAACAAAAGCAGCUGAGUGGUGCCUUCGGUGGCUUGGUGGGGGAAGGAGAACUCAGGCCCAGUGGGAGCUCAUGUGCCUCACGACUGGCUGCAAACACAAUUGCGCCUUUCUCUGGCUUCAGGAGUAGUUUUAGAAUGGAUAGUUCUGCUGAAGAAGAUGAGAUUACCCUAAAUGAAGAUAGGACCACCACUAGCCUUCUACCACCUUUGCUGACUGAGCAAUCUGGUUCAGUCUUUGGACUUUGCCCCCACUCCAGCAAGGCUUCAGAUGACAAAAAUACUAGUUCUAUAAAGUGCGAAACAAAAUCCAUUGUUUCAUCUUCUAUUAGUGCUUUCACACUACCAGUAAUUAAACUGAAUAACUGUGUUAUUGAUGAACCCAGUAUAGAUAACAUAACCGAGGACUCAGAGAUCACCAGAAGUCGGUCUAGAAAUCUGUCAAUGGAUUCUCUAGCCAUUCCGUUAACUGAUACCAAUGAAUUCUACAAACCAGUCACCACCAUGCUGCCACGACAUAAUUCAUUUGUGGACACUCCAUCUGAUCAGUUCAAAUGUUCUAUGGCUCUUGGACCAAGCACAGGAAAGCUUUUAUCACCUGGUGCUGCCAGAAAACAGUUUGGGUCCAACACAUCUUUGCAUCUUCUGUCUUCACAUUCGAAGUCCCUGGACCUGGACAGAGGUCCAUCUACACUCACUGUCCAAGCUGAACAAAGGAAACAUCCCAGCUGGCCCAGACUGGAUCGAAGUAACAGUAAAGGGUAUAUGAAAUUAGAAAACAAAGAGGACCCAAUGGAUAGGUUACUGGUGCCACAAGCAGCAGUCAAAAAGGACUUCACUAAUAAGGAAAAGCUUCUUAUGAUAUCAAGAUCUCAUAAUAAUUUGAGUUUUGAACAUGAUGAGUUUUUGAGUAACAACCUAAAACGGGGAACUUCUGAAACAAAGUUUUAAUAUUUAAAUUACAAUUUACAUCAUGUUGUAUUUUUUAAAAAACAUUUUGACAAGUGUUUCCUUUUCAGUGAAACUAGUACAAGCCUGAUUUUAACUAAAUGCUUGAUAGCACAUUACAACUGGCUUGUGUGAACAGAGAUCUUCAUCUUCGCAAUGGCAAGAGUUUUUUUUUUUUGUCUUAGUAACAUACAGCUGCAAUACUGUACCUUAUCAUUGCUCAGAGAGUUUUGGUACCACUGAUUCCAUUUUUUUUCCUAGUCACUAUUUUUUCUGUUCUAUAGAAGCAUGUUACUUUUUAUCAAUUUGAUUCCAGAAGCCUGCAUUACAAUAAAAACGCUGUUUAUCUGUAAGUUCUGUUUAUUCUGAUUGCAGGAUUCUGAAAACAGUGCUUGCAGUCUAGAGCAGAAAAUGAGCAGGAGUAUGUACUGGAAUUGUCAAAUUCAGGCCCGUUUCCUAGCUGUUGUCGUUUACCUAUGAUGCAUUUUGGUAACUACCAACUUGGUAUUAUCAUUGUGAGAAACUUGUUUACAUUUUGGGUGGGUGGAUAGAAAAAAGUAGGCAUAAUUAAAACCUUUGUUGUGAAUUCAUUGUAAUUGGUCAAGCUGAAUACCAGUGUUGUGAAUUAUUAAGUAUGCUUUGUAUGAUAAUCUUCCUACAUUCAUUAUAAUUUAAUAUUGUAAUUCCAGGAAAUCAUAUAUAAAAUUAUCAUGGAUAAGAAAUCUGAAAAUCCUUCUGGGAUUAGUUAUCUAAAGCAUUUUGAUUGGUAGCAAUUUUAAAAUCCAAAUAUACAGAUUCAACUAAAAUCAUAGGCACAAGAUGAAUGUCAACAUGAUUUUAGAAACGUACUGAAUAGUAAAAUGCUAUUAUGACAUGAAUCUGAAGAGAAUAAUGGAAAAUGAAUAUAUUCUCUCUAACUACAAUAGCCAAAAGUUACAUAAUUAUAUAUCUAUGUUUGAAAUAAUGAAACAAAGCAUACGAUUCAAUAUUUAUACUAACACAAUGUGCAAGCCCCUUAACUAAAUUUUGACUUAGGUAUUUCACAUAAUUAUUAGCAUGAUGGCUUACUGGAGGCUUAGCUAUGGUAAUUUGCAUUACAAGGCUUGGUAAAAGGAAGUGACAUUUAACACAAUGUUUUUCUCAGUGAAGCAAGCUUUGCAGUUGGCAGUUGUAGGGUAUUACUGAAGAAAAUAAGAAUCUGAAUGUGUGUACCAGAAAGUUUUCCUGUAUUUCAUUAAGGCAUUUAGGCCAUGAUACUGCCAUGAUAGCCAUGCUGGAGAGUAUGACUUCUAGUUGCAUGGCUCACCUACCGGGAUAUUGGUCUAAUUUGUCAUCUUUGAUAUAGUCAGUUAACCUAAAUACUCAGGAAUUAUUUUAAUAGCUUUUCCCCAAAAGAAUCAAACGUUAAAAUAUUACCGUACUUCAGUUGAUCAUGAAAGAUCAAAGAUAAAAAUACCCUCUCUGUUUUUUUUUAAUCUAUUCAGCUCCACGUUUCAGGUACGUGAUGUUUGUGUGUCAGGAGCAUUACCUGCUCAGCGAAUUGAGGCAUAGUGUUACUUGUUAGAACCUCAAGCCUGUAUAUUGUAACAGAGUUGGCUAAAUAUUUUGCUAUGAAGCUUUUAAUAACUUUCUGGUUUGUGUUCUUAAGACAUUUGCUAUUUUUUGAAAUAAAAUGUAUAUCUAUA